GGAAAAAAUUACAAUCAUAGCUGCAAAUAGUAAUUGCAAGCUAACCAAACGCACCCUUAUCAACCUCUAUAAAUUCUCUCCUUCAAUCUCUGUUCUCACACAAAGUACACUUUAGUACAAACUGAAAGUUAGGCAGCUAGUAAAUGUCUACAGUUGGGCCCAACUGUGCCAGGAUUUAUGUUAUGCAAAAGGAACUGAGGAAGGAGAUGAAGAGAAAGGAAGAGGAGAGACUAAGGAAAGGGGAAACUGCCAACGUCGACGUUGAAGAGAACAAAACUGGUGGAGGCAAAAACAAGGUCCAUCCGGGAAACUGUGCUCCGCCGGCAGGUCAAGAUACUGCAGGAAAGGACAAAGACGGAUCGGAGGCGGCUUAGGUUGUACUAUACCUAGGUAAUGUAAGGAUUUGUGCACUUGAAUGUUGUCAAGUAUAUGUAGUGUGUUAAGUUGUUGUAAGGUGGCAGAAAGUAUUAACGAGUGUCUAGCUAUAGACCACUCGACCCCUUGGUCAGGGUGGUUACCUUAGUAAGUAUCAAGUAUAUAUCAACCCAGCCAAUAAUAAGGUUCCAAUACCUAG